AUGUCAGAUUUUAAAUUAAAAAGUGGAUUAGCUCAAAUGCUCAAGGGGGGUUGCAUAAUGGAUGUAACUAAUGAGGCCCAAGCUGCUCUUGCUAGUAAAAGUGGAGCAAUUUCUAUAAUGGUUCUUGAAAAAGUUCCAAGUGAAUUAAGAAAAAAUAAUCAAUUAGCAAGAAUGAGUGAUCCAAAACUUAUAAAAGAUAUAAUGAAUUCAGGUAUAACUAUUCCAAUAAUGGCAAAAUGUAGAAUUGGUCAUUUUGUUGAAGCACAAAUUUUACAAGCACUUGAAAUUGAUUUUAUUGAUGAAUCUGAAGUUCUUAGUUGUGCUGAUUAUAGUGAUCAUAUUAAUAAAAAUAAUUUUAAAGUACCUUUUGUAUGUGGAGCUAGAAAUUUAGGUGAAGCAUUAAGAAGAAUUAAUGAAGGUGCAGCAAUGAUUAGAUGUAAAGGUGAAGCAGGUACUGGAGAUGUUUCAUCAGCUGUAACUCAUAUCAAGACAUUAACCAAGGAAAUUGCUGAAGCUCAAAAAUUAACAACAGAACAAGAAAAAAUAGAAUUAGCUAAAGAAUUAAGAGUUCCAAUUGAAUUAAUUAAUGAAGUUAUUAAAUUAGGUAGAUUACCAGUUGUUACUUUUGCAGCAGGUGGGAUAGCAACACCAGCAGAUGCAGCUUUAUUAAUGCAAUUAGGAUGUGAUGGAGUUUUUGUUGGUUCUGGGAUUUUUAAUUCAAAAAAUCCUGAAAAAUUAGCAAAAGCUAUUGUUAAUGCUGUUACUCAUUAUAAUGAUCCUGUUAAAUUAUUGGAAUAUUCUACUGAUUUAGGUGAAUUAAUGCAUGGUACUCCUAUUGAUACUAUUAAAGAAGCUGAUAGAUUAGAAAAAAGAGGUUGGUAA